CGCAAACUGUAUGGGUAAUGAUGAAUGUCCAUUGACAUUAGAUGAUGCUGGCGGCGUUUUAGGACAUGCAUACUUUCCUGACUCUAGCGGCACCUGUAGAGAAAUCCAUUUAGAUAUAAAUGAACGCUGGUAUUUUGGAAAUAAUCCUAAUAUACCCAAAAAUCAAACUAGUUUUCUUAUGGUGUUGGUUCAUGAAAUUGGACAUGCCCUCGGCAUAGCACAUAGUGCUUCUCCGAAUGCUAUUAUGUUUGCCUUCUAUCAGCAUGAGAUUCGUGGUCUAGAUGUUGAUGAUAUAAAUGCAGUACAAUAUCUAUAUGGAAGAAAAAACAAAUAUGAUUCAAUCCCAAAGUCUACCACCGCAUCAGCAAUACCAAAAACAACAACAACUAUAAGAUCUACAACUCAGAAGAUGGCUUUGGAGGUAGUGAGAAACGGUGUGCAUCAAAGAAGUAUAAAUGUCAGAUGUCAAGUAGCAGAGGAAGGUGUGUUUGAAUGUGCAGUGAGUGAAUGUAAAUUGGGUAAUAUAAUCGUUGUGGUGUUAGUUGUGUACCGACCUCCGAGUGCUCUUCAAAGCGGAACAGGGAAUGAGCUGGACAUUGAGCAGCCCACUGUUUCUCGCACUCUGAAACUGGUCUUAAAAGUGUUAUGGGCUACAGAAUUUUGCACGCCUAGAAGAAUGAGUGAGAUACUGGUAAUUAUGACGUGCCUUAAAACGAAAAGGCUAACAAAGUGCGUACUAAAAUUUCUUGUACAGGAAAGACAUAAGGAAAUCAACCUCUUCCGAAGUAGGUACCUAGUAAGCUGUGUGCCGAAUAACGCUUCGAAAUUCGAGGGCGACAGGACACGGAAUGUGGUAGAGAGGCAAUAUGGUGUUUGGAAAAGACGAUUUCCUAUCUUAAAAUUAGGUAUGAGACUUGAUGUACAUACAGUCAUGGCAAUAAUUGUCGCCACAGCGGUCCUACAUAAUAUUGCUAUAGAAGAGAAUGAAGCAAUAUCUGAAGAGUGGAUCGAUCAUUUUGAAGAUGAGGAAAUAAAUGAACAGGGUGAUGUUAGAUAUGACAAUCGCUCAGGCCAGGUACCAUAA